AUGAAGGGAAGAAAAAUGUAAAGGAAUUGCUUAUAUUAAGUGGCGGGGGAUUUUAUGAUAAUGAAGCUUUAUUUAAAAUUGGGAAAUGGAUUGAAUUAAACAACUUACUUACAUUUAAUUUUCAAGUCACUCAUAUAGGUGAUUAUAAAAUUGAAAAAAAAAUUGGAAAAUGGAAUAUUUAGUACAUACUUUAUUGGCGGUGGAUUAUAUGAUUAAGAAAAUUAAAAGAAGAUUAGUAAAAUGAUUGAUUUAAGUGAUGAAUUUUCGAAAGAAUCUUAAGUUACUUAUGUUGGCAAAAAUUAAAAGGGUAAUAAAGUUGGUAGAUGGAAUAUUUAGUUUAAAAAUGAGAAUGUGUAAAUUAUUCUAUAAAUAAUUUGUGGAGGUGGUUAAUUUAGCGAAGAAAAUUCAAUAAAAAUAGGAAAAUGGGUUGAAGUAAUAGAUAAUUUUGGGGCUGGAGUAGGAUAAUUGAAAGUAACUUAUAAUGGUGAAUAUAAUUAUGGUAAAAAGGUUGGCAUGAAUAGAAAUGGAUAUAGGUGA